UAUCUGUUAUUAGUUUUAUCAUGCAGAUGGGACUUUUAUUUUGGUCUGGCGGUGUGACGUCAAAAACCGCGUCGCUGUCCUGCUGCAUCUGAUGUGAUUCGACUGAAGAAAGGUUUGUGUUUGUAGUCAUUUAAAGUGUUUGAAUUAAUGCAACCAUUUUAGAUAGUAUAGACAACUGUGAAUGUAUAUAUAAUAACAAGAAUGAACGUUGUUUUUGUUAGUAAAGUGUAUUUACACUUGAGUAACAGAAAAGGCUCUUCUCAUUUCGCUCCGGGCCAAUUGAACUAAAUGUAAAUAAACAAACAUGUGAAACUAAUAUAACACUCUGCUGAUGUUUAUCUGUAUAAUCUAUUAAAUGUAAUGUACAGAACAUUUAAUAAUAUAAAAUAUAGAAUUUUAAUAAUUUGUGUUCCUUUAUUGAUUUGCAAUUCUAGUUUUGAGUGUUUUUAGUCUAAUCAGAUCAUUUAAGUUAAUUAACUCUCACUCUGACUCUCUCACCAGUGUGCUGACCUACUGAACUAGAUCUGAUUGAGACACACCCAGAGAUUUAGUGUGGAUUUAUUUUUCUUUCUGUUAAUUAUUCUCAUCUUAAACAGGACAAACACACAGAAAAACUCCUGAGAUCCACAUGACACACUAUUAUAAAGAUGGCAUUUAUUAAAGAGAAAAAUGAAGAUGUAAAGAUUGAAGAAACAAUCAGUGUGAAACAAGAAGUAAAUGAAGAACAAACAGGCCUCAUGGCGCUGGGUCAAGAUCUGAAUGACAUGAAAGAGAAAGAUCUGUAUGAGAAACAGCAGAAUUUCAUAACUGAAGAAAAAUCUUUUAGUUGCUCACAGACUGAAAAGACUUCCUCUCAAAAGACAGAAACUAGCAGUAAUUUCAUCUGCAAACAGUGUGGAAAGAGUUUUUGUCAGCAUAAAAACCUUGAAGUCCACAUGGGAGUUCACACGGGAAAGAAGCCUUACACCUGCCAACAGUGUGGAAAAAGUUUCAACCAAAAAGGACACCUAACAGACCACAUGAGAGUUCACACUGGAGAGAAGCCUUUUACCUGCCAACAAUGUGGAAAAAGUUUUAAACGAAAAGGAACCCUUAAAGACCACAUGAGUGUUCAUACUGGAGAGAAGCAUUUCACCUGCCAACAAUGUGGAAAAAGUUUCAACCAUAAAGGACGACUUAAUUACCACAUGAGAGUUCACACUGGAGAGAAGUCUUACACCUGCCCUCAGUGUGGAAAAAGUUUCAAAAGAAAAGGACACUUUAAAGAUCACUUGAGAAUUCAUACAGGAGAGCUCCCUUUCACUUGCCAAGAAUGUGGAAAAAGUUUCAAACUAAAAGGAACCCUUAAAGACCACAUGAGAAUUCACACAGGAGAGAAACCCUACACAUGCCCUCAAUGUGGAAAGAGUUUCAGUCGCAAAGGACAAUUUAAAGAUCACAUUAGAAUUCACACUGGAGAGAAGCCAUUCACUUGCCAACAAUGUGGAAAAAGUUUCAACCAAAAACCAGCCCUUAACACUCACAUGAUAACCCACACUGGAGAGAAGCCUUACACCUGCCAACAGUGUAGAAAAAGUUUCAAACUAAAAGCACACCUUAAAGACCACAUGAGAAUUCACACUGGAGAGAAACCCUACACAUGCCCUCAGUGUGGAAAAAGUUUCAACCAACCAGGAACCCUUAACAUGCACAUGAGAAUUCACACUGGAGAGAAUCCGUUCGUAUGUGAUCGAUGUGGAAAGAGUUUUAGAUAUAAAGUUACCUUAAAGUACCACAUGAGCCUUCACUUGUUGAUUUCUAUGCAGACAGGACUUUUAUUUUGGUGUGGCUGUGUGACCUCAAAAAAACUGCGUCGCACUCCUGCUGCAUCUGAUGUGAUUCGACUGAAGAAAGACCUGAUGGUGCUGAGAGAGGAGAGUCAAGUUCUGAAUGACAUGAAAGAGAAAGAUCUGAAUGAGAAACAGCAUGAUUUCAAAAUUGAAGAAAAAUCUUUUAGUUGCUCACAGACUGAAAAGACUUCUUUGCAAAAAAGAGCUCAAAAUACAGAAACUAGCAGUCAAUUCAUCUGCAAACAGUGUGGAAAGAGCUUCUGUCAACAUAAAAACCUUGAAGUCCACAUGGGAGUUCACACCGGAGAGAAACUCUACACAUGCUCUCAGUGUGGAAAAAGUUUCAACCAUAAAGGACACCUUAAAGUCCACAUGGAAGUUCACACUGGAGAUAAGCCUUUCACCUGCCAACAAUGUGGGAAAACUUUCAAAUGUAAAGACAACCUUAAAGUCCAUAUGAUAGUUCACACUGAAGAGAAGCCUUUCACUUGCCCUCAGUGUGGAAAAAGUUUCAAACGAAGAGGAACCCUUAAAGACCACUUGAGAAUUCAUACAGGAGAGCUCCCUUUCUCAUGCCAACAAUGUGGAAAACGUUUCAAAAUGACAGGACACCUUAAAGACCACAUGAGAGUUCACACUGGAGAGAAACCCUACACAUGCCCUCAGUGUGGAAAGAGUUUUGGUUACAAAGGACAAUUUAAAGACCACAUAAGAAUUCACACUGGAGAGAAACCCUACAUAUGCCAACAAUGUGGAAAGAGUUUCAACCAACCAGGAAUCCUUAACACACACAUGAGAACUCACACUGGAGAGAAACUCUACACAUGUUCUCAGUGUGGAAAAAGUUUCAACCAUAAAGGACACCUUAAUGUCCACAUGGAAGUUCACACUGGAGAGAAGCCUUUCACUUGCCAACAAUGUGGAAAAAGUUUCAAACGUAAAGUCUACCUUAAAGGCCAUAUGAUAGUUCACACUGAAGAGAAGUCUUACACCUGCCCUCAGUGUGGAAAAACGUUUCAAACGAAGCGGAAACCUUAAAAACCAUAUGAAAAUUCACACAGGAGAGCUCCCUUUCUCCUGCCAACAAUGUGGAAAAAGUUUCAAACUAAAAGGAAUCCUUAAAGACCACAUGAGAGUUCACACUGGAGAGAAACCCUACACAUGCCCUCAGUGUGGAAAGAGUUUCAGUAACAAAAAACAAUUUAAAGCCCACAUAAGAAUUCACACUGGAGAGAAACCCUACAAGUGCCCUGACUGUGGAAAGAGUUUUGGUCACAAAGGACAAUUUAAAGAUCACAUGAGAAUUCACACUGGAGAGAAUUCGUUCAUAUGUGAUCUAUGUGGAAAGAGUUUUAAAUAUAAAGGAACCUUAAAGUACCACAUGGGCCUUCACUCAAGGUUCACAUAAGAGUUUUGUUAUAGAGAGGACUUGUCCAGCACUGAAAGCCCUGAUAUACUCACUGCAAAGUUCUUUUCCAGUCUUUGCUUAGUAGUAGCAGACUGAAGUGAACAUCUCAAGUGUUGCAUUUGAAUGAAUAUGCAAAUAUGCACUGUGCAUUUUCCUUUUAGUAACAAAAUAAAUGCGGUGGGAAAAGUGUGAAAGCCUUGUUUGCAGCAUAUCUGCAAUUCUCCCCAGUCACGUCACAUACACAAUUAUACUGAUUGAUUUAAAUCAAGCAGCUUUAUAGUAUGAACAUGAAAAAAACAGAUAUAGUGUUACUUUCAAUAGAAUUACAACUUCAAUUUCUACUAUGAAGCAGCCCUAAAAAAGUUGGAGCCCUAAAGCACACCUACCUAUUACAUAAUCACCACUGACCAAUAGUAGUUUGACCUGCCAGUGUCUACCCACCAGAACUUUUAGGAAAGUUUUGAACACCAAACAAACUUUAUUUUGGCCUGAUUUUGUUCUAAAUGACAUCUCACUAUUUUUUUUCUUCGAUUUCUCUUGAAGUGUAUCGAAAUGUAUUGAAAUGAUUGAAAUGUAACAUUUAUUACAUUUCUGGAGGUUAACAAAAUAGAGCAAUUUCAAUAAUCACUUAUGUAUUGGCUCUGGAGGAAAACAUCUUAAUUUUGCUCAGUGUUAUUAAAAAAAAUACAGUUACACAUGAAAGUCAUGCAAAUGUUCAACCCUAUUAAUGUUUUUUUUGAUGUCAUUACUCACAGAAAUACCAAUUUUUACAUGUGAACUGCAAGCCAAGUACUAAUAAAUGCAAUGGAACAUG